UGUUGUGAGCCGGGGUGAAGGCGUGGUGAGGCGCGCGCGGGGAGGAUGCGGACCGAGCGAGCGGCGAACUGACCCACGCGCCACUAACGAUGACGGAGGGACGGCUCUGCCAGGUUCUCCUGCUGGAUAACCGAACCCUGGAGCUGCUGGUUCAGCCAAAGCUGUUGUCCCGGGAACUCCUGGAUUUAGUCUCCUCCCACUUUAACCUGAAAGAGAAAGAAUAUUUCGGAUUCACUUUUACUGACGACACUGGUCAGUGUAAGUGGUUGCAGUUGGACCGCAGAGUUCUGGAUCAUGACUUUUCCAAGAAGUCCGGACCGAUCCCCCUCAACUUCCUGGUCAGGUUUUAUAUAGAGAAUAUUUCUCUGCUGAAGGAUCAUGUGACCGUGGAGCUGUUCUUCCUCAACGCUAAAGCUGCUAUUUAUAACGGCGAUAUAGAGGUGGAGAGUGAACUGGUGUUUAAACUGGCUGCACACACUCUACAGGAAGCUAAAGGUGAUUUCAGCAGUGAUGAGAGCUGCAGAGCGGAUUUGAAGAAGCUUCCCACUCUCCCCACCAGAGUCCUGAAGGAGCAUCCGUCUCUCGCCUACUGUGAGGAGCGAGUGGUGGAACAGUAUAAGAUGUUGAGGGGCGUGUCCAGGGGUCAGGCCAUCGUCCAGUACCUGAGCCUGGUGGAGGCGCUGCCCACAUACGGAGUGCACUAUUACGAAGUGAAGGUAAUUAAUAAUAUCAGGGUUCAGAUCAAUACUCUAAUCACACUUUCCAAAACCACAGAACCCGAUUGGGUGAGCUCACUCUGCUGAUCAAUAUCUGCUCUUAACUCGAGAUUCUCCAGAUUAGUUUGAGAUUUGUUCUAAUCUGAAGCUGUUGUUAC